AUGCCGAUGGAGUGCAAGAGCAGCAUCCCCGACACCGAGCUGUCGGGACAUUACGACUACAUCAUUGUCGGGGGCGGGACUGCCGGGUGUGUCCUCGGUUCUCGGCUUACCGAGUUUCUCCCGCACCACCGCGUCCUCAUCAUCGAAGGCGGUCCAAGCGACUUUAACAAUAACCAAGUACUCGACUUGCGUCAGUGGUUGACUCUGUUGGGCGGAGACCUCGACUACGACUAUGGCACAACCGAUCAGCCCAUGGGCAACAGCUACAUCCGUCACUCUCGUGCAAAGGUACUCGGCGGUUGCUCGUCGCACAAUACACUCAUCUCGUUCAGGCCGUUCCGGAAGGACAUGGACUUGUGGGUGUCCAAGGGCGCCGACGGCUGGGACUUUGACACGGUGAUGCGUCUCAUCGAUAAACUCAAGAACACUAUUCAGCGUGUACAUGCCCGUCACCAGAACCAGCUCUGCCUCGACUGGGUGGACGCGUGUUCGACCGCUCUGGAUAUUCCGGUCAUCAACGACUUUAACAAGACGAUUCGUCGUGACGGCGAAAUCAAGAAGGGAGUUGGAUUCUUCUCCAUCUCAUACAACCCCGAUAAUGGGUACCGCUCGUCAGCGAGUGUGGCCUACAUCCACCCCUUCCUGCGAGGCGACGAGAACCGUCCCAACCUCACCGUCGUCACUGACGCGUGGGUCAGCAAGGUCAAUGUCCAGAACGAUACGGCGACGGGCAUCAACGUCACUUUCAAGGACGGGCGUAACGUCACUAUCUCGCCUAGAGCCGGGGGAGAGAUCAUCCUGUCUGCCGGCGCAGUCGAUACUCCCCGUCUCAUGCUUUUGUCGGGUCUUGGACCGGCUCAGCAACUCGCCGACGUCGGUAUCAAGGUUGUCAAGGACAUUCCCGGAGUCGGCGAGAACCUCGUCGACCACGCCGAGACCAUUAUCAUGUGGGAGCUCAACAAGCCUGUCCCCGAGAACCAGACGACGAUGGACAGUGACGCCGGCGUCUUCAUCCGCCGCGAGCCCACCAGCCCAGGCGACACUGCGACCGACGUCAUGAUGCACUGCUACCAAAUCCCCUUUACCGUCAACACGGAGCGCCUGGGCUACCCCAAGAUUGCAGACCGCUACGCCUUCUGCAUGACGCCCAACAUUCCGCGUCCCCGCUCCAAGGGCCGCCUCUUCCUCACCUCGUCCGACCCUGCCAUCAAGCCCUCUCUCGACUUCCGCUACUUCACCGAUCCGGAAGGCUACGACGCCGCCAGCUUCGUAGAAGGCAUUAAGGCUGCCCGUAAGGUAGCGCAACAGAGCCCAUUCAAAGAGUGGCUCAAGCAGGAAAUUGCCCCGGGCCCCAAGAUCCAGACCGACGACGAUAUCAGCGAAUAUGCCCGCCGCGCCGCGCACACCGUCUACCACCCUGCCGGGACGACCAAGAUGGGCAACACUUCCAAGGACGACAAGGCCGUCGUUGAUUCCAAGCUCCGCGUGAGGGGAGUCAAGGGGCUCAGAAUUGCCGAUGCUGGCGUGUUCCCCGAUAUGGUUAGCAUUAAUCCCAUGCUGACGGUGCUGGCUAUUGGGGAGGGGGCUGCGGAGAUUAUUGCCUCGGAGCGCGGAUGGAAGGGCGAUGGUGCGGCGCGCCUGUAG